UUCACAUCUUCAGGAGAAACUUAUCGUCUUUUGCCGGGUUUCUUUUCAUUGUUCUGGUGCAGUUAUGCGUAGGAUUAUCUAAAGAGACGCCUUCAUUCGUCUGAAGAGCAGCAGACCGCUUUCACAUUAAUUAUAUUGAAUAAAACUGACAAGCCACUCUCUCAACAUGAUGACCGCCAGAGAGCGAUGGCGAGUUUGCAAGCGCAUCAGCCUGAUGUUCUUCCUGGCUGCAGUCGCACUUACUGUGGUUCAGAGAGGAAACAUCACCUCCAUGCAAGACAGAAUCGAGAGACAGGCGCGGAUGGAGCUCAUGGCGGAGGGCGGGAAAAAGGGCCUGAUUAGUGUCAGCUUCUGGAAGAGUGUUCAAAGAUCCACCACAGAAGGUCCGAGAAUAACCCAAAAGCAAGGCCCCAAGAGCUGGGACGCCACCAGCUCCAACUGCAGUGUCAACCUCAACUUCUCUUCCUCAGAGUGGUUCACGGGUCUGGAAGCCAACUUCAAGCAAUUCCUGCUCUACAGGCACUGCAGAUACUUCCCCAUCCUCAUGAAUCACCCAGAGAAGUGUGCCGGAGAUGUAGACUUGCUGAUGGUCAUCAAGUCGGUAAUAACACAGUACGAUCGAAGGGAGGUCAUACGGCAAACCUGGGGCAAAGAACAAGUGAUCGACGGGAAAAGAAUCAAGACCCUUUUCCUUCUCGGAACGUCUUCCAACGAGGGAGAGCGGGCGAACCAUCAGAAGCUUCUGGAAUACGAGGAUUACAUCUACGGAGACAUCCUGCAAUGGGACUUCAUGGAUAGCUUCUUCAACCUGACCCUCAAGGAGAUCCACUUUCUGAAAUGGUUCUCCACUUACUGCGGAAACACCCGCUACGUCUUCAAAGGCGACGACGAUGUGUUCGUCAGCGUUCCCAACAUCUUGGAGUAUCUGGAAGCCAGCAAAGACUUGAAGGACCUCUUCGUCGGCGACGUUCUUUUCAAAGCCAAGCCCAUUCGCAAAAAACAGAACAAGUAUUACAUCCCACAAGCCUUGUAUAGUAAGACACUCUACCCACCGUACGCCGGCGGAGGCGGUUUCCUGAUGGAUGGACCUCUGGCUCUGAAACUCUUUGGAGCUUGCGAAACUCUGGAACUCUAUCCCAUCGACGAUGUGUUUCUGGGAAUGUGUCUGGAGGUGCUUCAGGUGACCCCAAUAAAGCACAACGCUUUCAAAACCUUUGGGCUGGUGAAGAAUAAAACCAGUCGACUCAACAGGGAGCCGUGUUUCUUUAGGAGCAUGAUAGUGGUACAUAAAUUGCUCCCGCCGGAUUUGAUAGCCAUGUGGAAACUGGUCAACAGUGACUUGAUCUGUUCGCAGAAAAUUGACUUCUUGUAGUCCGAGACUUUGAUAGCGUUUCUGAAUCCAAAACAUGUCGGAAUUCAUUCAUAAAUGAAGGAAACAAAAUGAAGGAUCUGUGGAGAGAACUUUGAGGUUUCUCAAAGACAAGAAGUUCUCCUUUUUUGAGGAGAUUUCUGGACAAUAUUUUAACUUAAUUUAUGUACCAAAUGACAUGGUAUAAUAAUGUGAAUAAUAUGUAAAGGGUUAAUGUUAUGCUGUUUUUUGGGGGGGAACAUUAAGGCUACAAAACUAAAAAUAUCACCCCAAAUGAAAAUAAUCUACGCGUCAUCAUGUUGUUCUACGAUUUUCUUUCUUCUUUGGAAGUAUUUUGAAAAAUGCAAUGAAAGUCAAAGUGGUUUUGUUGUUUUGGACCCCAUUGACUACAACUGUAUAGACAAAAAAAAAUGUUUGCAAGACAUAAGGUGUUUAAAUCAUGGCAGAAUUGUCAUUUUUGAGUGAACUAUGUAUGACUUUAUGUCACGAGACAAAAUGCGAUUGUCCCAAACAGAACGAAACGAGUCUCUACCUCACCAUUUUUGUUUUAGUCUGCCCCUCUGUGGGCAAAUGUUACCUUAAAAAGUUUUUAAAGUGCAUUCAUUAAACAAGACCACGUUAUUUCUGCUGCAAUGACAUACAUUCCUGGGAUUACAGUAUAUAUAUCUGAAUGAUCAAGAGGUGUUAUCUCUUAGAGCUUUUAUUUUUUGAUUUGCCCAUAGACUUGAGAUGCAUUUGGUAGAGGGUUUACUUUAAUACUGUGAAAAAUCACACUGUCUGGUACAUGUAAAUGUUGACUUAAUUUAUGAAAUACCUCCUUGGAUCGGAGGAGGCGGAGUCUGGUGUAGGAUAUUAAUUGUACUUGAAGGUUACACAAAACAAGGACAUUUGUAAUCCAAAGUACUCGGUCUGAAUGUGUAAAAAAUAACUACAAUGAACAAACUAAGGUGAAAAUGGACUAGUAUUUGUA